AUGCGAAGAGGAAGAAGAAACAUAGAGCACUUGCUGUGCUACUGUCUGGCACUAGAAAACAGACGCUUUAAAACUCUAGGGCACGAUUUUGUGGAAAGACUAGAAGAAGCAGCAGAAUCCAACAUCAGCAACAUCGGUAACUUUGCAAAGAGCUGGAAGUGCUUUAACGCAAAGAAAGAAUGUGAAGAAGGUUUGAUGUUCCGGGGUAGAGGCCUUGUGGAAGCUAGUGUCCCACUUAGACCGAUAGUGAGUGCUCCAGGAUCGCCUACUUACAACUUAGCUAAAUACUUGACUACGAUCCUACAACCGAAAGUCGGCAACACAAACUCUUAUGUGAAGGACUCAACGCAUUUCGUCCAAAAGCUAAAAGAUAUAAAACUGGAACCAUCUGACAUCAUGGUAAGCUUCGAUGUGGUAUCUCUAUUCACGAGAGUACCCCUAGGCGAGUCAAUGGAUCUAAUCAAGGAAUCAUUCCCACCUGACAUCGCGGAGCUCUUCCGAGUGUGUCUGACUGGUAGCUAUUUCUUAUGGAACGGCAAUUACUACGAACAAACAGAAGGUGUCGCAAUGGGUAGCCCAAUCAGCCCAAUAAUUGCUAAUUUCUUUAUGGAGAGAUUUGAAGAAAAAGCGCUAGAGUCAUCCGUUCUGAAGCCCGCUGUAUGGUUUCGUUAUGUGGACGAUACAUUUGUGGUUUGGAAACAUGGACGUGACAGCCUAGAUGACUUCCUUCAUCACCUUAAUUCGCAGAGCCCGAGCAUAAAAUUUACCAUGGAAACCGAAGUAAACAACCAACUGGCCUUCCUCGAUGUGCUUGUCAAGAGAAAUGGCGACCUUUUGGAUCACACCGUGUAUCGAAAACCCACUCAUACAGACCGGUACUUACACAAACUAUCAAAUCACCAUCCAAGCCAAAAACAGGGGAUUAUCGGAACAUUAGCAAAUAGGGCAAGACGUAUCUGUGCUAAUGAACACAUCCAAGAGGAACUAAGUCAUUUAAAUAAAGCCUUUCUUGCCAAUGGCUAUAAUGACAGAGAAAUAAAGGCGGCGCUGGCACCUAGGCAGAGGAGACCUGACGCCAAUGAACAGGAAAACAUCAUUAAUAAGGCCUUCCUUCCAUAUGUUUCCCAGGUCACCGAUAGGAUUGGGAUCUACCGUAUACCUUGUUCCUGCGGUAGCGUAUAUAUUGGAACUACCAAACGCUCAGUAGGAACGAGACUUACGGAACACAAGAGAAACUGCAGAUUAGGGCAAACAGAGAAGUCAGCUGUAGCAGAACAUGCUCCAAGAGAUGGUGACUACAAAAUCCAAUUCGAAGACACCCAAGUCAUUACCACAACAUCUGGAUAUCAUCCUCGUCUGGUCAGAGAAGCUGUUGAAAUUCACAAACAUCCAAAUAAGGAAGGAAGAAACUUUCUACCUUAA